CAAAUAAAAGUGGUCAACGUUAAAAAUAAGUAUAAAAUAUGUUUGUGAAUUUAUUAGUUGGCGUUACAAAUUAUGUUGAGUAUUAAAUGCAAAAUAUUUCUAUAAGUUACUAAAGAAAAGAAUACGCUUUUUGUGUGUUUUAGCUGGGGUUUUCAGAACAGUUCCAUCAAAACAAUAUAUUCUUAAGCCGGCAAUUACUUUAAACUCACAUAGAGAUGGAUCAAACUAAGCCAUUUUAUGAUUUAUGCAUACCUUAUCAAAGAGACGAAAACGUAAUGCGGGAAAUAAUCAAAGAGGCCAUUAGUCUGGGUUACAAAACAAUAGCCAUUGAUCAAGUGUAUGAUCACAGCAAACGUGAUGUUACCAAACGUGGACCUGACAUAUUCCCAGCUCCUGUCGGAAUAAAACACCUAGAAAAUGAGUUUAAAAGCCAAGUAAAGAUUUUGCAAAGAAUAACUAUUAUAUAUGUGGAUGUUGCUGUUGCACACGCAAUGACAAAUUCACAGAACCUGAAGAAGUACAACUUGAUAGCCGGUCAACCAAAAACUGAUGCCGCUUUAACGCACUGUUGUACCGCUUUCGCUGGAGAUUUAGUGACAUUCGACACUGAAGCAGGGGUAAAGUUGCUAGUAAAUCGCAAGGCAUAUAAAAUAGCUAUAAAGCGUGGCUUAUUUUUCGAAAUUAAAUACGGGCCAGCUAUCAGGGACUCAAGCGUACGGAAGGAUAUGAUAAAGCUUGCACAUAAUUAUUGUGUUCGAGGAAAAUCAAGAAAUAUAAUUUUCAGUAGCGACGCAACAAAUGUCUUCGAAUUGCGAGGACCAUACGAUGUGGCCAAUUUGGCGUAUAUCUUCGGGUUGUCAGAGGAUCAGGGAAAGAAUGCUGUGGACAAAGCGUGCAGACAGUUGUUUCUGAGAGCUGAAUCUCGACGUAUUGGCAAAACAAUUAUGUUUGUAAAGGCUUCGGGACCGGUAGUUCUUUCCGAUUCCUCUGACGAGGAAGAAGAAGAAAUUAGUGAUUUCGAAGAAGUAGCCGAUGGUGUAAUAGGUAUUAUUAAGUACAAAUCUGAAAGAUAUUCUGCCGAUGAUUCGACAGAACCGCCUAAUAAAAAGAAAAAGUAAGAGAUGUGAAAUAUGUACAUGCUGGC